AUGGCGUCUCACUACGGAAACGGAAGCACCGAUGGCGUGGAGGCGUCAAGGCAUCGAUCAACCAUCUCGAGGAGCAGCGAGACCCCGACACAGCAGGACGAUGUGGAGAUGAAAAAGGCCAGGAAACGGGAGCAAGACCGACUUUGCCAACGACGGAAGAGAGAAAAGGACCGCGAGAACCUGCGACGACUCGAAGCUCGAUUGAACGGACUUCAGAACCCGGAUGAACCAAAAGUCGUUCUUGACUUGAUCUUACGCCAUGAACAGGACCAGGAGAGACUGAACCGACAAGCUGAGCGACUUCGUCAGAUCGAAUCACUCAUUCGAACAUCUUUGAGUGAUAUUGGACCAGAGACAUCAUCAUCGACACCCAACGACAGUGUUGUAGAUGCCAAACCUGACGUUAAGAGUACUAGCAUGCCGACAGGCGGUAUCUCAUCAGCAGAUGCAAGUCUACCACUUUACACGACAGUGCAGGGCGCGCCAAUGCCUACUGCUACCGCCACCUCGAUGAUCAUGCCCGUCAGCAAUCCUGCCAUGCUAGCAUCUCAGUACCCCAUGACAAUUCCCAUCACCAUGCCUCGAGCGCAGACGACGAUGCAAGGUUCUGUCAUGCCAUCAUCUCCGCGUGACAACGACAAGAUCAGCACAAUCACAGAUGCCAUGUCUGCCGUACCCAGCGUGGCCGCAGCUUACACGGACGAAGCAUUCGAUCAACACAUCAUCAUCAUGGUUCUAAUCCAUGGCUGGGAUGCCGUCACUGCAUAUAUGCAGCUCGACCCAUUGUGGACACUGUUACGCCAGAUUGAUGUUAACGCCUGUUCACAAUGGAGAAAGGUGGACCGCAUGGUGGGCUUGCUGUCCUUCCGUCGCAUGAUGAGGGGUAUGGCUAUGGGCCCCCAGGCAAUGGCUAACAUAGAGCCCAAGUUCAUGCGACCUCGACCUUCUCAACUGCAUGUACCCCAUAUACCGAACGGCGAUUACUUCCCUUGGCCCGGCGUACGUGAACGCUUCGUCUUUGAGGGUCCAAAGUACAACGACGACACCUGGCUCCAUCUCUUCAACUCCAGCACCCGCUUCAUGUGGAACUCCGACUUCUCCACCACGUUUGUCCAGAACGACAAACAGCUCUUCCAAUUCUCGGACGAGUUGUACAAGCGCUUCUGCAAUCUGAGCUGCUGGCGCAUUGACGCCGCCUUCCUCGCCGUCUACCCAGAGUUCGCUGGCGACAUACCCACCUACAACUCCGUGCCCAAGAAGAUCGAUGACAAGCCAUACGAAGGAGAGUUCUUCUUUGGCUCGGAGAUUCCGGACGGAGACACACACAGCGGUGCUGGUGCUGCUGGCGGAGGCCAGUGGAUCUACGACCAUGGUCGAUGGUACAUUGCCGGAGCCGUGAAAUGA